AUGAUAUCAUCAUCAUCGUCAUCAUCAUUAUCAUCGUCUUAUAGUUAUACAAAAAUAAUUAAAAGACCAAGAUGGUAUAAAAGAAUAUCAAGAAAGGGUCUUGUAGUAUUGGCUUUGAUCAUUCUAUUGUUUGUAUCAUACAAACUAUUGAAAUCUAGUCAUAUCAAGAAUAAGAGUAGUGUCAACAACCCAAAUUACCUUGGUAUGGGAUUACAUACAACCUUUAAAACUCAUCCAUUCUUUUACAAAAAGAAAAUGGUUCUUAAUCAUGAUGAUCAUUCUAAAAUUACAAUUGUAACUCAAGUAUCAGUUGAAAGAUUGGAAAGGAUUGCUUGGAUGGCAGACAAAUGGAGAGCACCUAUAUCAGCUGCAGUAUACAUCAAGAAUGACAAUGAAAUUCAUAAUGUUACCAGUUUAAUUAAUAAUAGUUAUUCGGUCACUCAAUUUGUUGAUAUUCAUUUAUUAUUUGCAAACAAGACAAGAUAUCCAGUCAAUACACUUAGAAAUUUAUCAAUUAAAAAAGCAUCAACUAAAUGGGUAUUAUUAAUGGAUGCUGAUUUUAUUCCUCCACUUGAUUUACAUGAUACCAUACAAACGCAUGUUGAUCGUUUGGAAUUAGACAGUGAUCACAAUCAAAAUGACUUGGUUUCAUUUGUAGUUCCAUCAUUUGCAAGUUCAUUACCAAGAUUUCAAUUACCAGAUGAUAAAGAAUCAUUUAUUCAAUCUGUUAAAAGUCAGACUAUUGUACCAACAAAUUUAAAUGUUUGUCCAAAAUGUCAUUCACCAACAAACUAUACUAGAUGGUACAAUGAAUCAAUACCAUAUGAAGUGGAAUAUCAAUGGAUUUAUGAACCAUUUUUAGUGUUUAGAACCGAUCAGGUUGAACCAUUUGAUGAGAGAUUAAAAGGUUAUGGAUUCGACAAGAAUUCACAUACCUUUGGUAUGGCAGUACAAGGAUUUACAUUUAUGGUUCUACCAGAUUCAUGGAUUGUACAUAUGAAUCAUCCUAAACAAGUUUGGGAAGGUACUGAUACAUAUGAUGAACAAAUGUUUGAUUCACUAAGAAUAGUUUGUGAAAUAUUACCACAUACCAAAGAAAGAUAUGGGUUUGAAAGAAAUGAUCAGUUGUUUAAUGAACCAAUCGGUAAUAACCCUAUUAUUAUUUAUCCAUACCAAUACAAGAAUUCAAAAAAGAAUAUGCCAGAACAUUCAAACUAA